CUCUGCUCAACCGCGGAGCUUCUGCACACCCACAUUUCAACCCCAGAACUUCCUCCAGGAAGUCCUCUCCUUACUACGCUAAAUUUAUCCUAUCUGUGAGGCGCGCGCAGGUCCAUCCUUAGCGCGUUCCGCGAUCUCGAUCCAACCGCAAUCAUGGCGCCCGGAAAGCAAAAGGCCCAGAAGAUGUCCCUCGGGAACUUCUUGGCUGAUGAGAACUUUGGCUCUUGGGCCGAUGAGAUGGAGGACAUGCCCUUGCCUGGUAAGUCUCCCGCUCCCUCCAGCUUUGGAACCGACCGACGUCCCCCUCCUGCGUCAUCUGCUGGUUUCGGCGGACCCAGUUUCAACGACCGCGGUUUUGCUAUGAGGGAGCCCCUUCCCCUGCCUACAGAGCCUCCGUACACCGCUCACAUUGGAAAUCUGUCCUUUGAUGCUACCUCGGGCGAUAUCUCCGACCUUUUCGCUGAUUGCGGCGUUACGAACGUCCGUAUUGUGGAGGACAAGUUGACAAAGGCUCCCAAGGGUUUCGGUUACGUCGAAUUCGAAACCGUCGACGGUCUUAAGAAAGCCCUCGACCUCUCCGGAGCGACUCUUCAGGGCAGAUCGAUCCGCGUCAGCAUUGCAGAGCCUCCCAAGGAACGUGAUGUGAAGGAACUUGACUGGACCCGCCGGGGCCCUCUCCCAGAUGUUGCUCCUCCGCGCCGAGUGCCGGAUCGCGCCUCUUUCGGUCGUAACCUCGACAACCUCUCUGACGCCGGCAGCGAACCUCGACGCCGUGGUGGUUUCGAGAGCGACGGCAAGGUCCGUGACUUCUCGAACUGGGAACGCAAGGGUCCUCUUUCUCCUCCGCCUAUGAGGGAAGGCCGUCCCCGUAACGAUGAUAAUGCGGGUUUCCGAACCCGCUCGCCUGCCUGGGGUGAGGGACGCUCUCAGGACGGCUCACGUCCUCCCAGACGCGAAUUCCAGGAACGCGCCCCCACUGCCGCCGAAUUGGACAACCAGUGGAGAGCCAGAAUGAAGCCCGACGGCCCCAAGCAACCCAGCAACCCCCCCUCCCCCUCUCCCGCUGCUGCCGUGCCGGCCGCUGCCCCUGCUCCCGCCACAAGACCGAAGCUCAACCUUCAGAAGCGGACCGUGACUGACGCCGCCGCGAGCCCCAGCCCCAGCACCGAAUCAAAGUCUAGCAUCUUCGGCGGUGCUCGUCCCAUCGAUACCGCUGCCAGAGAGAAGGAAGUUGAACAACGGCGCCAACUAGCUCUGCGCCAGAAGAAGGAAGCUGAGGAGAAGGCAAAGGCCGAGAAGGCAGAGAGGCAGAAGGCUGCCAAGGAGGCGGCCAAAUCCGAGAAGCCCGUCUCGACCCUUGACCCCAACGGCCGGGAUCAGCAAGAUACUCCUCGGGGUGGCGGUAACUUUGAGAUCCUCCGGCGGGCCGGUGAGGAUGAGAGCGGUAUGAGCGCCGACCAAGAUCCUGAACAGCAGGCUGAAGGCGGCGGCGCCGCUGCUGCGGAAGCCCCGAAGGCCGAUGAUAAGGUGAACGGUUCCUGGAGGGCUGGACCUACCUCGACGGAGAACGCAGGUGACGACGAGGGCUGGAGCACCGUCAGCUCAAAACCGCGCAACAACCGCCGUGGUGGCCGUAACUUUGCAUAG